UCGUGUACCACUGUACUCUAUGGUAAGCUGUACUCUACUUCGUUCGUUGUGUGUAAUAAUCAAUAAUGUAACAUACAUUUGAACUUAAAACUCUUAAUGAUCCACGUGCAAUUAUCGUGAAACAGUUUGUGAAAGUUUAACUUCAAACAUUGACGAACAACGCUACCAUCGAAUCAAGGUACAGUAAUUCCACUUUCGCGACGUGAGCAUAACCUAACAAACAUUUCUCUACACGUGUCUUUCGUGACUUAAGUAUUAAGUGUAAUGAUCGAAAAGUAAAGAGAUCAAGCGUGAAAGAUGAGUGAUUCUGAUAAAGAAGACGGGCCAAAGAAAACUGGACCCGUGGAUAAUGCGUGGUCGAUGAAAAUCCCAGCCUUCGAGCCCAAGGACAAUCCCCAUCGUCUGUUGGAAGAAAGUUCGUUCGCGACCUUAUUCCCGAAAUACAGAGAACAAUAUCUAAAAGAACACUGGCCACUGAUUCAGAAAGCUUUAAACGAGUAUGCUGUCAAAGCAGAAUUGGAUCUCAUUGAAGGUAGCAUGACAGUGAAAACCACAAGGAAAACAUGGGAUCCUUACAUUAUCGUCAAAGCACGCGAUAUGAUUAAGCUCCUGUCUCGAUCAGUUCCAUUCGAACAAGCUACCAGAGUACUGCAAGAUGACAUUGGUUCAGAUAUUAUAAAAAUAUCUUCAUUAGUUAGAAAUAAGGAAAAGUUUGUCAAACGGCGUCAGCGGCUCAUUGGUCCCAAUGGAUGUACCUUGAAGUCUAUAGAACUGCUUACAAAUUGUUAUGUACUUGUGCAAGGACAAACAGUGGCUGCAUUGGGUCCUUAUAAAGGACUUCAACAAGUUAGACGUAUAGUUGAAGAUACUAUGAAGAACAUACAUCCAAUUUAUAAUGUUAAAGCAUUAAUGAUCAAGAGAGAGCUGGCAAAGGAUCCAAAAUUGAAGAAUGAAAAUUGGGAGAGGUUCCUUCCCAAAUUUAACAGCAAGAACAUCAGCAAACGGAAACAACCUAGGAAGAAGAAGGAGAAGAAACCAUAUACUCCAUUCCCACCACCGCAGCAGGAGAGUAAGAUAGACAAAAUGAUAGCAUCAGGUGAAUACUUCCUGAAGGAGGAACAAAAGAGGGCUAAGAGGAAGAGGGAACAAGAUAUCAAGCACGAAGAGGCUGAGAAGAAGAGGCAGGAGCGCAGGGCACAGGCCUUUAUACCACCAGAAGAAAAACCUAAAGAAAGCAAAGAACAGAAAAAUGAUAUAAAUUUAAAUGAAUUUAAAAAGAAGGUUAAGAAAGGACUGAAGAAAAGGAGUACAAAAUCCUAGAACUUGGUUUCAAAUCAUAAGACCAUCAUUUGUGCCAAAACAGACUUGGUGACUAAAAUCUUUAUACAUGUUUUUUAAUAAAGUAAGCUAUUUGUUUGUUUAUGGAUAUUUUUGUGGAGAAAGCUGGCAUAUAAGUGGAUGGGGUAAUUCCAUUGUUUUAUUAGAAAACAUUGUUCCUAUAAGUACUAUAAUAUUGCAUUCUUAACAUAAAUCUGUAAAUAUAGAUAAAUGGAUAGAAAUUCAAUGUGUUCGCUUUGAAGAUAGGUAUUUGGACUCCAAAACGAACGUCCGUGUAUUUCUUAGGAUCGUUUUAUUAAUGGAAAUUGUAAAUUCAUUACAAUUUCAGUAUAGUUCAACAUAAAAAAAAAAACAAUAAACAAUCAGUUCUUCAUA